AUGAAGGCGAUCAAUGUCAUCCAGAAUGGAUUGUUUACUGAGCUGUGCUUUUGCAGUUGUUAUCGAAGAGGAGGACCUAUUUUCGAGGCCGAUGCAAAGGCAGUAUCGGCGGAUGGAAGUGGUGGCAUGCACCUGACGCUACGCAUUGAAGUCGAUGCAAUUCCAUUUUGUUUCGCUUUGAUCGGAGCCUCAGGUGUCAUUGUGAUGGAAGUGGAUGAAGUACUAAGCGCCUUUGAACGUGAUGACAAGUUUGCCUGUAGGACGAAAAUUUUCGCCUGCGAAAAUCCAGUCGUCGCGGUUCAUAUCAAGUACGGCGGAAGGCAACUGCGGAAUGGAGAUUUGUGGUCGCUUUACACUGGCGUAAAUACUGCUUCUUAG